UUUCGAGGAUCUCUGCUCAUUUUCACUUUUCAACCGUAUUCAUUCACGAAGUUCAGUCGCCAAAGGCUCGUAAGGUGGUGGGAUGCGUCCGGCUUCAAACCAAGUUAUUUAUAUAUUCUGUGGAGGGGGGGCGUUUGCUCCUUGAUCGUGACAAACCGUUUCGGGUUUCAUCGUGGGAUUUGACCACGACCGUGUCCCUGUAUUAUCUGGGGCGAUCGUUUUACUUUCUAGCUUUUGCAAAGAAAGAAGAAGGAGGAGAAGAAGAAGAAGAUCGAAUCUUAUUCGUAACAGGCGAUAGGGAGAAGUUGAACCUCCGUUAUAUGAGGUUCUUGCUUUGAAAAGGUCAGAAGGGAAAUCUUGUGGUUCUUGAUUUGCGUCUUUGGGAAGUUGGAAUGAUGGCUCAGAGAUCAAAGUUGAAGUUGGUCCAUUGCCCAGCAUGUGCGAAUCUGUUGCAAGAACCCCAUGGCUGCUCUGUGUUCAGGUGUGGUGCUUGUGGUGCUGUUCUCAAAGCUAAGAAGAGAGAGCCCACUAGUGAUGGCGGGAAUUCGGAGGAGAUGAGCAAGAGCCUUGGUGAUGCUCGUGAGGACGGGAGCGAGAGUUACGAUAGGAAUGUGAAAAAUGAUAGGCUUUUGAGUUCUGGAGUCAGAGCUGAUGGCUCGAUAAGCAAUUCUGCAAUGGAAAAGACAGAGGAAUCUGCUCACACUCGUAGAGAUAAUGUGAGGGAUGAGAGUACCGGUUCGAGGCUUGAUAGGAGAAGAGCCAAAGAGGAAACUGCUUAUGCCUUCGAUUAUAAGCAGUACACGGAAGACCAGGUAAACAAAUUUGUGGAAAAAGGUUUUGGAGAAAACUCUCCUCGGUUGAAGAAGGUUUUGGAUGUGGCAAACUCGUGGGCGGAGAGAGGAAGGUCGAGUUUCACCAGAGACCAUUUUGAAGGGUUCUUAAGGGACUCGAGGAUCGUCACUGAGCACAAAAGGACUCGCCGGUAUUCGUGUCUCGAAGAGGGGCCUUCCGACAACUACGGAUCUCCCUCUUUUGGGUAUGGCAAGUUUUUAGGCAGCCGUGACGAUGGAACUGACUGUGACAGAGUCAGAGAGUUAGAGCGUGAGCGGGUCAAGCUCCUGAGGAAGUUGGAUGAGUUGGCGAAUCAAAUCAACCAAUCCAGUGACAUGGAGAAUAACCCUGGGGCUGGAGAAACAGUUCUUCGUCAUAAUAGAAUAGCUUCUGGUGAUCCUUACUAUGCUCAUGCUGGCUAUAAUAUUCUGGAUGAACCGCUCGACCAUGAGGGUCCCAUUAGAAAGCCUCCUGAUGCGAAACAAGGCUGUGAAUCCGUUCGUUCUAUGGAGAGCUAUGACAUGGAAAGGUUGAACUUGUAUUUUUCUCCUUGGCAUGGCCAAUUAAAUCUUCUCGAGAAACCACAACGCUCGUUUUGGCCCGGAACCACGAGGCCUUUCCGUCAAUAUGCACAUGAGCCGCCUCAUGGACACCUCGUGGAAGGGUACCUGGGUUUUGACAGAGAUCUUCCAGUCUUGUAUCCGAACCAAUCCCAUCAUCACCACACUUCGUGCACUUGUUCGAGUUGCUAUUACAAGUACGAGCGAGUUCCUCCUCCACAAUUCUUACGUGAUGCCUCCAGCUCAUCAAAGACUUUCGAAGAUCCACUCAACUCCAAUCUCUACCAACGAGUCAAUCCUGUCAAAAUCAGGCCCCAGAAUACUGCACAGUCAGGUGAUAGUACCUCUUCAUCCAAUUCUAAAUAUCUGCAUCCACCUCAAAUGAGUCUAGGCGAUUCUGAUUUGGGCAUGGAAAAUUUAUUUCUGUCUCAACCAAAGAGGUCGAUGGUCUCUCACCGGAACAAGAAGCAUUGCCAUCCCAUUGCGGGUGCUGCACCUUUUAUAACGUGCUUAAACUGCUUGGAGUUGCUGAAGUUGCCUAAGGAACUGAUCAUAAAGGAGAAAUGUGAUAAGCAAAAACUCAGAUGCGGCUUAUGUUCAGCUAUAAUCUUGUUCGAGAUUGAAAAUAAGAAGCUCGUCACUUCUAUUAUGGAGGGAUCUUCUGGUGGGAUUGCGAAAGACGGUGGCGACGACAUUCAAAUUUCUUCCACUUGCUUAAACUCUGACACUUGUCCGAGUGCUAUGAGAACUUCCUCCGAUCCGUAUGAUGGAUCUUCUAAGUUGAAAUUAACCAGAGAGAGUUCACUUUUGGAAGUGCAGCCACACAAUACUAGCGACUAUGGGAAGAUGCAGGGCCUCCAUUCUCCGGCUUCUCCUUUGCCAUCUUUUCGUCCAGAGGAAGAAGAGAGUCCGGACAGUGUGAUUGCUCAGUGCAAUGCGAGAUUAGAAUAUAACACAUCUCCAAAGCCACAAAAUUCACAAGUUCCAGUACAUUUUGACAAUUCGAUGAGUAAUGGAAAUGAGAAUAGCAGGAUGAACCAAGAGGGUGUUUCUCUAGAGAAGAAUAACACUCGCCAAAGUACUAGAGAUGAUGCUUCCGCAUCUGCAGAACUUGAAGUUCCUCUGAAUGAGUAUCCAAAUGCAGGACUAUCCCCCUUGGAAGUGCAGCCACAGUAUGCUAGCGACUCUGGGAAGAUGCAGGGCCUCCAUUCUCCGACCUCUUUUUCCCCAUCUUUUCGUUCAGAGGAAGAAAGACCGGACAGUGUGAUUGCUCAUAUCAAUGUCUUAACUCAAUCUGAAAAUAACACUUCUCCAGAACCACAAACUUCACAUGUUCCAAGACAUUUUGAUAAUUCAUCGUCUUAUGAAAAUGAGAAAAGAAGGAUGAACCGAGGGGGUGUUCCUCUAGAGAACCGUGCUUGCCAAAGUCCUAGCAAUGAUGUUUCCGCAACGGCAGAAGUUGAAGUUCCUCUCAAUGAGGAUCCCCAUACAGGACUAUCCCAAGACUCUACAAAUGCCAGUAAAGAAGCCAAGGAGAAGGUGAAGAAAAGAAGUAAAUCUUUUCUUGCAGGUCUUACAAAGAGCUAUGGAGAGUUCCAAACCCUGGAAAAUCAAAACCCCAAAGUAACAGUUAACGGGCAUGUAAUUCCGGACGACAUUGUUAAAAGGGCCGAAAAGCUUGCCGGUCCUGUUCUUCCUGGAGAUUACUGGUAUGAUUUCCAAGCUGGGUUUUGGGGCAUCAUGAACCAACCUUGCCUCGGCAUAAUUCCACCGUUUAUUGAAGAGUUCAAACAUCCCUUGCCGGCAAAUUGUGCGGCUGGGAACACAGGCAUCUUCAUAAAUGGGAGAGAGCUAAAUCAGAGAGAUCUCGAUUUACUUGCCAGCAGAGGACUACCAAGAACCAGAAACAGGUUUUAUGCUAUCGACAUCUCUGGGAUAGUCCUGGAUGAGAAAACUAGCGAACUGCUAUACAACCUCGGGAAACUUGCCCCAACGGUUGAGAGAGUGCAGCGUGGAUUCGGCAUGCGAGUUCCAGAAGUUGCGUGAGCGGUCUCAAGAACUGUUGGUCGUCGCCUAUGUAUUCAUGCAGCUGCCAAAGUCGAGCUUGUUCUUUUGAACUUGCUUUGCCUUUUGCUUAGUGAAGUUUUUGGGGUCAGAGUCCCGAACCCAACAGCUUGCGUCGUGAGUUGCGGCCCCAACCCC